UCCAAAAGUCCUUAUACCCUGGAGCUGGAAAUCUCUUUCUCUUUGCUUUUCAGGUUCCAGUACAAACGAAUCUACGAUUUUUUUUAUUAAGUGGAUUUCGCAGCUGAUAUAUUCGACUUUUUUUCGUAAAUUGCGGACACCACUACACACAUUCAAAUCGGAUAUUUUUUGGCAGUCUGCUAUAGUACAAUAGCAGACAAGAAGAUACAAAAUGGCAAAUUUGUUUUUAUCGACGUGUUUUUUAUUUUUAAUAUCAAUGCAUCUGGCGGAAUCAUCUGGUGGUGUGUUUGAGUUGAAAGUGCACUCUUUCACAACCACAAGCGGUGUAUGUAAACCCUCUACAGACUGCCAGAUCUUUUUCCGUGUUUGCCUCAAGCACUCGCAAGACAACAUAUCACCGGAGCCGCCGUGCACUUACGGCACUGGACUGACGGACAUAUUCAGCGCGGACCAGAACUCCAUUUCCAACAGUGCGCCUAUUAGAGUUCCUUUUAAUUUCAAGUGGCCGGGAACUGUGUCGUUGAUCAUAGAAGCGUGGAACGCAGAGUCCUCUGAACAGUCAACAGACAAUCUGAACAACAUGAUCAGCCGUCUGGCCACCAAAAGAAGACUCGCUAUUGGGGACGACUGGUCCCAGGACGUGCACAUUGGAGAGCAAAGCCAAAUGCGCUUCUCUUACCGCGUAGUGUGCGAUGAAUUCUACCACGGCGAGGACUGCUCGGAUUUCUGCCGUCCACGGGACGAUCCGUUCGGCCACUUCAACUGCGAUGCCGCCGGCAAAAGAAUUUGCCUGCUUGGGUGGAAAGGCGAAUAUUGCGCAGAACCCAUCUGCUCGCCUGGCUGCAGUGAGGAGCACGGUUAUUGUGAUGCCCCCGGUGAGUGCAAGUGCCGUCUCGGGUGGCAAGGGCCCCUCUGCGACGAGUGCCAAAGAUACCCGGGGUGCUUACACGGCACCUGUAGCCAGCCCUGGCAGUGCACUUGCAAGGAGGGAUGGGGUGGCCUGUUCUGCAAUCAGGACCUGAAUUUCUGCACCAAUCACAAGCCCUGCAGGAAUGACGCUACCUGUACCAACACUGGCCAGGGCAGUUACACCUGUACCUGCAAGCCCGGUUUCAGCGGAACAAACUGUGAGAUCGAGACCAACGAAUGUGACAGCAACCCAUGCAAGAACGGAGGCAGUUGUAAUGAUCUGGUAAAUGAUUAUUCCUGCACGUGCCCUCAAGGAUUCUAUGGGAAGAACUGUGAGAUCAGUGCGAUGACCUGUUCUGAUAAACCCUGCUUCAACGGAGGAACCUGCCUGGAGAAGGAAACCGGCGGCUACUCCUGUCUCUGCCCUCCCAGUUACAUGGGCUCCAACUGUGAGAAGAAGAUUGACCGAUGCAGCAGUGACCCCUGUGCUAAUGGUGGCCAUUGUCUCGAUUUGGGUCACACCCUGAUAUGCCGAUGCCGCCCAGGCUUCAAAGGCCCUCGUUGCGAAAUAAACAUAGAUGACUGUGCCCGCAACCCCUGCCAGAACGCCGGCACCUGCGUGGAUGGCAUCAACGACUACACCUGCACGUGCACGCUCGGCUUCAAAGGCAAAAACUGCAACGUCCGCGCCGACGCCUGCAGCAUCAUGCCCUGCGAGAACGGAGGGACCUGCUACACCCACUUCUCCGGGCCGGUCUGCCAGUGUCCUCCAGGGUUCAUGGGUACCCGGUGCGAGUAUAAAGAGAAGCCCACAACUGUGGCCAUCUCACCUUUCCCUGCUGCCCUGGCUGUUUCAUCCACUCUGGGUCUCAUCACGCUCACCCUGGUGAUCUGUGCUGCCAUCGUGGUCCUGAGGCAGAUGCGGCAGGGUCAGAAAGCCGCCUCAACCACCGUGCGCAACGACUUGGAGACGGUCAACAACCGUGCUUCUUUAACACCUUUAGGCCUUAAAGAGAAAGAGGCUUUAUUCAUUCCUGGUGGUCCCUAUAAGGUGUCCAACAAGGAUGUGGCUCUCAGCUCGACCAUCGUGGACACUCACGCAAGUGACAAAUCAAAUUACAAACAGAAGAUGAUGGACUACAAUUUGACCAUCGACGAGAAACACACAAACAACAAGCUGGACCUGAAAAAUUCUGAAUCAACAUUAUUGGUUCCACCUUUGAACUAUUCAAAAGAGGGAUUGUAUCAUCCUGUCUACAUCAUUCCUGAACACAUAGAGCAAUGUGUCUUUGCAACUGAGGUCUAACAGUAUUCUUCAUCUGGAGCACCUCAACCGCAGAUGGACCUGACCCGAAAAUGUUUACAAUCUUAAAGGACACUAGGAAGAAGUGAAGAGAGUAUAUAAUAUAUCUACGUUUAUUAUUUAUUUAUUCAUGCUGCUCUACACAGAGGACUACUUCCUGUGACGUGGACAAUGAUUUUGCAAAGACAAAGCAAUAGACUUGAAGACUUGAGGAAUAACUUGCAUAAUUUGCACUAUUUUAUUUAGUCUUUUAUAUAUAUAUAUAUAUAUAAAUAUAUAUAUUUCAAAUGUACAUAAUGAAUGAGAACUCUCUAGAAGAACUAAGAGAAUUGAGGAUUCGCCUCGAUUAUUUCUCGAGACCUUGAAAAGGAAGAAAACAGGCAUCCAGACGUUCAUCUUUAUUCAUAUCACAAGAGGCCUUGCUAACACAAUCAAGAAGGUGCAACUGAAGGAUCUGAAACUCUUGACCGUGGAGUAUUUUUUUCAAAAUGAUAUUUAUGAACAAUUGGAUCAGUGAUGAAAGGCAAUCAAAGUUAUCGAAACAAGCCGUUUCGACUGUGAAUAAUGUGAACAACGGAACCUGCUGAUGGCUGCGUUUAUUUGGUUUUUUUUACAGUUUUAGUGCCUACAUUGGAUUUGACUAUCACUGAUGCACACUGUAACCAAACCUAAUUUUUAUUAAGUGCCUCACCUUUAGCUCAAUGAAAAAGGUACACUACAAAACUGCAUAUGUGAAAUAUUUGAUAUGCCUUUUUCAAAUCUUAAUAGGAGUAUGUUUUUCAUGGGAACAAAUUGUUUAAACAGCAGUACAUGAUGGAUGCUGUUGUGUACAACUUUCAUCCUGUCAACACUCUUGCUAAGUUAUUUCCGACAUUCCCAAGGCUUGAAAAAGGGCCAGUUGGUUCAAACUGAAGCCUCAUCAUUGUCAAAACUUCCUGGUUUUGUGAACCUCUGCACUGAGGUCCUUUCAAAAAAAGGUUCUGCUUUUGUUCGUGGCAUUCCUUUCUCAACUAUUAUUCAUUUUUUCAACCAUUUAAACCAAAAUAGAGGAUACUUUUAUAUUUUAUACCGCCAUUCUUAAUUUAACAAUGCAAUAUUGUACAAAACCAUGAGAUAUUCCUACUAUUUAAUUUGAUUGUAAAUAAUUUGUAUUUAUGAAAGAGAAAUGUAUAUAUGUUUAUGUAUGUUCCUAUUUUCACAAAGUCAAAAAUAUAUUUUUUUCUUAAAAUAAAUCCUGA